AGUGUCUCCAAGAUGGCCGCUUGGGGAAGGAGGCGUCUUGGCCCGGGCAGCAGUGGCGGCAGCGCCCGAGAGAGAUCCCUCUGAGAGAAGCUUCCCAGUGGUGCGGGGGACCCCAGGGCCACAUGCCGGGCAGGCUGCCAGCUGUGCAGAGAAGAUACCCGCACCCAGGGAAUGGAGUUUGUCAGGCUGGUUAAGGGCUCAACGUGCGCAUCGAUCUCAGCACUGGCAGAGAGGGUGUGCAAGAGCGUAACCCUUACCUCGUGGGUGAGCUUGUCGGCCACAGACUGUUACAUCGUGCACGAGAUCUACAAUGGGGAGAACGCCCAAGACCAGUUUGAGUACGAGCUGGAGCAGGCCCUGGAAGCCCAGUACAAGUACAUCGUGAUCGAGCCCACGCGCAUCGGCGACGAGACUGCCCGCUGGAUCACCGUGGGCAACUGCCUGCACAAGACCACCGUGCUGGCGGGCACCGCCUGCCUCUUCACCCCGUUGGCGCUGCCCUUAGAUUACUCCCACUACAUCUCCCUGCCCGCAGGCGUGCUCAGCCUGGCCUGCUGCACCCUCUACGGCAUCUCCUGGCAGUUUGACCCUUGCUGCAAGUACCAAGUGGAGUACGACGCCUAUAAACUGUCCCGCCUGCCCCUGCACACACUCACUUCGUCCACCCCGGUGGUGCUGGUCCGGAAGGACGACCUGCACAGAAAGAGACUGCACAACACGAUAGCACUCGCCGCCCUGGUGUACUGUGUAAAGAAGAUUUACGAACUCUAUGCCGUAUGAUUUCAGUAGAACAGGGAGAGAAGCAAUCGGCCCGGCCCACGAGAGACCACAGAGUGUUCAGAUUUGCCACAGUAACAGGUUUUUGCUCUGUGAGGCGGCGGCGGAGCCUGGGAAGGUGUUUGGUUUAAUAUCUGUUAUUUUAAAAAAAUAACACAGGUCACAGGCGUACCAAGGGUUUGUCAACUCCUUACACUAAGAUAUGGAUUUCCAUAACCCGCAGGGGGUCCGAGCGGUGGAAGUCUGGGAAGACCGGGCGGUGCGCGUUGGCGGCACGGCUGCCGAGGGGAUGUGAAUGCGCUUGCGGGGGGCGGGGGGAGGUCUUUAAGUAUAUUGUUUAACUGUACCAUCCAGAGCCAACCAGAAGCUAUUGACCAUUAAAAUUAUGAGAAUUUCAA